AUGGCAAAAGACAUUGCUAAUACCAAUUACGAGUUUGCUAAUUUGCUACUUUUUCCCGAGUUGUCCUUUAAAGGAGCCUACAGGGGUAAUAAAUAUGUAACACUAAUUUUAUCGCUAGCCUGCCUGGUUCUCGUUUUAUCUUGGUAUAUCAAAUUUUUAUGGAAAAGAAAAUACCUGUAUUACCACGCUUGGAAAACUCCGGGCCCUUUUGCGUUGCCUAUCAUCGGUUGCGCUUACAAGUUUCUUCUAUCAGGAACCACCGAUAUAAUGCAAAAGCUCAUAGAACUUCAGAAGCAAUACCCCGAUGUGAUGACAAUUUGGUUCGGACCGAAACUUAUUUUUGGAGUCGGUAGACCGGAACACAUCGAAAAAAUCCUGACCAGUCCAAAAGCUAUGAAUAAAGAUAAUCUUUACAAAUUUCUAUCGUUUGUUAUAGGCGAUGGUCUUAUGACUGCUAGAGGUAUGAAAUGGAAGAAGCAUAGGAAAACGAUCAUGCCGGCUUUCAACCAGAAAAUCUUGGAUCAGUAUCAAAUUGAGGUUUUCGCGAAACAAAGUCAAAUUUUCGUGGAUCUCUUGCAAAAACGAGUCGGUGAUAAGAACAUUGAUUUAGUAAAAAUGGCGGCUAAUUGUACUUUAAGUGCCAUUUGCCAAACAGCAUGCGGAUUAAACAUUGAUUUCCAGACUCAAAACCUGGAUUUUGUAGACAACUUAGAUAAAUUAAUGGAAAUAACAACCUACAGAAUUUUCAACGUGCAACACCAUUUGGAAUUCUCUUGGAAUUGGUAUCCCCUGAGCAAGGAAUACGCUAAAGUUAUUAAAAAUUUUAAAGAUUUCACCAGAUAUAUCGUAGAAAAAAACGAAGAAGCCUAUCGCGAGAGGAAACAACGAAAAUCUUUGGGCACUGACGAUGGUAAAGGAUUACCGAAAACAGUGGCAUUUCUGGAUCUCAUCAAGGAAAAUUUCACUCACCAAGAGCUCCUCGAUGAAGUAGACAUCUUUAUUAUAGCGGGUACUGAUACUACUGCUUUAACUAUUUGUUGUACUCUCGUUAUGUUGGGCAUGCAUCAGGACGUUCAGGAAAAAGUUUUGGAUGAAGUUUUAAGCGUAGUGGGUCCUGAUCGAACACCUACCCCCUCCGAUUUACCGCUCUUAAAAUACACGGAAAGGGUGAUUAAAGAAUCCCUCAGAGUGUUUCCUGUCGGUGUGUUUUUCCUCAGAGAAAUAGUCGAAGAUAUCGAUGCAGGGGAUAUGAUUUAUCCUGCUGGUUGUUCGGCGUUCUUCUGUCCUGUUCACAUCCACAGGAACCCCAAAUACUGGCCUGAUCCCUUGAAAUUCGAUCCGGACAGAUUUUUGCCGGAAAACGUCGCGAAAAGACAUCCUUGCGCUUAUGUCGCCUUCUCUUACGGUUCCAGAAAUUGCAUUGGUGGUCGCUACGCCAUUAUUAACAUAAAAACUAUCCUUGCUAUGGUCGUUAGAAAGCUAAAAAUAUUCACGGAAUACAAAUCGGUGGAAGAGAUCAAACUUAAGUCGAAUAUAACCAUCAAGUUGCACGAUGGACCGAAAGUGUGGUUUGAAAACCGGUAG